AUUGGAUAGGUCAGUUGACGGCUCUGGAAAAGAUGGCGGCCCGCAUGCUGGUCAGGUUAUGCGCCCGUUCUAUACGUCGGGGGUUUUCAGGGACGCGAAGUUUGAGCUGUGGGGAGUCGGUGCCCGCGAGCCGGCUGUAUGAGUACGUGCGGGAAGGUUAUUGUAGUCGGCCUCAGCUGGACAUGGAGACCCUGAGCCGGGAUAUAGAGGCUGCGGAGCGUGAACUGUCGGAGAGGAGACCGGGCAGACCUCGGGAGGGGGAGCUGCGGGCCCUGGUGAACAUCUGGGAGCAGCUGCAGACAUUAAGGCAAGAAAUUCACAGUUUGGAAGAGGAGAAAUCCCAAGUGGCCAGUGAGGUCAAGGAAAUGACUCUGAGCCACGACCGGCAGGAGCUGCAGUCUGUCCCCAGAUACCUGACGAUCAGAAACCGAGGGAAGGAGAUCCGUCAGCAGCUGACUUCUCUCUACCGACAGGAGAAUGAAUUGGAGGAAUCUUUCUACCUCCGAGCACUUAAGUUACCUAACCGGACCCAUCCGGGCACUCCGAUUGGGGAUGAAAGCAACGCUCAGGUUCUGGAGGUUGUCGGACAGAAACCUGAAUUUGAUUUUAAAGUUCGGGGUCACCUGGAUAUCGGGGAGGAUUUGGAUGUCAUCAGGCAGAGACGUCUCUCCCACAUCUCUGGUAACCGCUGCUAUUACCUGCGAGGAGCCGGCUCCAUGCUGCAGCACGCACUCGUGAAUUUUACAAUCACUAAACUUGUGAAAAAGGGAUUUAUUCCACUGUCUGUUCCGGACAUGCUGAGAGGAGCGGUAUUUGAAGGUUGUGGUAUGCAGCCGACCGCCCACAGCUCACAGGUCUACAGCCUGGAUCCAUCUGUGCACCCUGACCUGCAUCUAGCGGGGACCUCAGAGGUCGGUAUCGCAGGGUAUUUUAUGGAUCAUGCAGUACAGUUGUCAGAUCUCCCCAUUAGGACUGUUUGCUGCAGCACAUGUUACCGAGCAGAGACUGAUACCGGACGGGAAACUUGGGGUCUCUACCGAGUUCACCAUUUUACCAAGGUGGAGAUGUUCGGCGUCACCGCUAAUGAGACUGGUAACGAGAGUGAGGAGUUGCUGGAGGAGUUUCUGAACCUACAGAAAGAGAUUUUCUCAGAUCUGGGUUUACACUUUCAGGUUUUGGAAAUGCCAAGUGAAGAACUUGGGCUCCCCGCUUACAGGAAAUGUGACAUAGAGGCCUGGAUGCCAGGACGAGGGAAGUACGGAGAGAUUUCCAGUGCCUCAAACUGCACUGAUUUCCAGAGUCGGAGGUUGAACAUCAUGUAUGAGAGACCUAAUGGAGAGCUGCGUCAUGCCCACACCAUUAAUGGCACUGCCUGUGCUGUCCCCCGGCUCAUCAUUGCCAUCCUAGAGUCUAAUCAGUUAAAGGAUGGCCGAGUACGUGUUCCUGAGGUCUUACAACCCUUCAUGGGCGCUGACAUCAUAGAGAAACCACUGUACACUCCACAGAAAUACAUUGGACCAAACCAAAGAAAGAAACCAAACAAGACCAUGUGACCGGACAGAGGAGGAGAUGGAGCAGGACCUAUAAUGAACUCUAGAGGACCUUCUUUAGUGAAUAUUAUAUUAUGCUGUAAAUAAAUUAUGUGUCGAAGUCUUCGU